AUGAGCAAAGAGGCAGCAUGUAUAGGCAUUAUUCUGGCUUUAGACGAUGAGGAGGAAAGUAAAACAUGGGAAAGGCUUUCUAGUACUUUAAGAUUCUUGGCUACUGGACAAACCUUUCAGGAACUAAUGUUCACCACAGCUAUCUCUCCACAAAGCCUUGGUGGUAUCAUCAUGGAAACCUGUAGUGCUAUUUGCACUGUAUUAAAGGAAUAUAUUAAGAUCCCUAAAACAAAAAUUGAAUGGCUAGAAGUAGCUACAGCGUUUGAAAGGACUUGGCAGUUUCCCCAUUGCAUUGGGGCAAUCGAUGGAAAACACGUGCAAAUCAAGAAACCCAUUGGAUCUGGAUUAUAUUAUUUUAACUAUAAACAUACAUUUACCAUUGUGCUUAUAGCUGUUGUUAACGCUCGCUAUGAAUUUAUGAUGGUUGAUGUAGGUGCCAAUGGUAGAGUGUCAGAUGGUGGAGUGUUUGCUAACACAAAAUUUGGUAAGAAAAUGAAAGAAAAGAAAUUGAGCAUCCCUGAACCAACCACUUUACCCCGCUGCCCUGAAGCUAUGCCUUUUGUUUUCAUUGCAGAUGAUGCAUUUCCUUUACUGGAUAACUUAAUGAAGCUUUUUGCACACAGUAACUUAACCAAAUCCCAAGCUAUUUAUAAUUACAGAUUAUCACGAGGUAGACGCAUCGUUGAAAAUGUUUUUGGGAUUAUGUCAGCUCGAUUUAGAGUUCUUUUGUCGACGAUUAUUGUGUCACCAGCAAAGGCUUCAAUAAUAGUUAUGGCAUGUUGCUAUCUCCAUAAUUACUUAAGGAAACGAAAUGCACAAGCAUAUCUAGAUGGUUUAGAUACUGAAGAUGAGAAUGAUAAGGAGGUUAAUGAAGCGAAUGAGAGGCUAACAGUGGUGAUAGUGAUUACAGCAGUGGAUGGUUGGAAAUCUCUUCGUGUUUGUUAUCUUAACCUUGGAAUUGUACCUGUGACUCAUAUUCAUGCUUGA